CGGGGGCGGUAUAAAGAGAGGCGUGGCGCGUGGGCACCCCUCAGUCGGCGGCGAGAGCGAGCGGAGCGCGCGUCCGUGGCGACGGCGGCGGAGCGAGGCGGAUCGGCGCGGCCCGAGCUCACCCCCCGGCUUCACCCAACCGUCGACGGCUCACCCAUGGAGUUCAAGCUGGAAGCGCACCGCAUCGUCAGCAUCUCGCUGGGCAAGAUUUACAGCGCGCGGGGCCAGCGCGGCGGCCUGAAGCUCCACAAGAACCUCCUGGUGUCGCUGGUGCUGCGCAGCGCCCGCCAGGUCUACCUGAGCGAGCCGGGCUGCCCGCCCGAGCCGCCCCCCGCUUCCUGCGGGCCGCCCGCCGAGCCCGUCGCUUGGGCUCCCGCGGAGCCGGAGGCGCCGAGGUUGGGCCCGCAGCCUCCCGGCUCGGUCUGCGGGAGCUCCCGGCCGACCCCGCGCUGUUCGUGGGGCGGCUGCUGCUACGGGGCGGGCGGUGAGGGGCCCCGCGAGGCGCGGCGUUGCGCCGUGCCCCGGCUCUGCCCCCGGAAGAGGAGCGCUGCGGAGAUGGAGCAGCAGGGCACGCCGCUGAAGAAGCCGCGCCGAGAGGCGGAGGAGUCGCCGCCCCCGCAGGGCGAGCAGGAGGACAUGGAGACGGGCAACGUGGCCAGCCUCAUCAGCAUCUUCGGCUCCAGCUUCUCGGGACUGCUCAGCAAAGAGCCCCAGGGCCGCCGGCGGCCGUCCCGUGACGACAGCGAGGAGGCGGCGGCCGCGGAACCCGGGCAGAUCUGCUGCGACCAACGCGUGCUGCGGACCCUCAACCCCUGGAGCACGGCCAUCGUGGCCUUCUGACGCGGCGGACUACGCAGCGCGAGGAGGGGCACGGACAGACCCGGAGCUGCCCCCCUCCUCCGCUCCUUCCUCCCCCCCGCCCCGCACGGAAGCACCGCGGGCAGCAGCACUUCCCCUUCGCCGGGCCCCGGCCCGCCCGGAAUUCCCCUUCCCGACCGGCGCUCCCAGCGGGGAUAUUUUAAGCUCGGAAAGUAUUAAAUUUAUUGAAUAAAGUGUUUAUUUUGGAAAGGUUUAGGUCAGGACUGUCACACGGUGCUUUUAAAAAGUGUUUAUUUGAGAGAAACAGAAGUUUACAGACGGCUCCGACGGGAAGCCCUCGUGAGCCUGUUUGUUAGGCUCGGGAACCCCCGGUCUUUGUUGUAUAAAGGCUUGGGGUUCCCUUUUUUUUUGGGGGGGGGGGAGGGGGGUUUGUACAGUGUUCUCCUUCGGCGAUGUAUCUCGUUUUGUAUAAAAUGUAAUGCUACGUGUGCGACACGUAUUAAAUAUUUUCCACUGUA